AUGCCUAGAAGUCCUCUUAACACAUUUCUGCUUUUAUCUGUAUUGAUUGUAUGUGUUAGUUGUGUGAAUGUGUUGAUCAAUGUUAAAGAUCUUCCAACAGAUUCUGUAAUAGAGAUAUCUGGUGAGAACCCAAUUACCGUAAUUAUUCCAAGUAGAAAUUACACAGCACCUGUUGCUUUAGGAUGUAAAAUUUAUUCGUUGAAGGUUUCAUUGGACAAACCUUACUACAGAGGAAAUACUCCUGCUAGAACAGAUAUUCAAAACAUUUACUUUGGAUAUCGUGCUAGAUACAGAACAUUGGACAAUAGAUGUAUCGGUGUUGGUUCUGACUGGAGUUUGUAUCCCUAUGCAGAUGGUGCUGAAAGUGUUUGCAAUUGUUCAAUGAUAUUCACAGUUUUCCAUACAGGAUUAGGAUUCAUCGAUAAUUCAACAAUACCAGAUGAAUAUUAUCCCUUGACCAUUAGUAUCACACCAAGUUUCAAGAAUUACAAAAAUGAGCAAUACUCCUACUGCACUGCUAACACACCUUCUUGUUCCAAACAAUACUGUACAUGUACUACAUUGGGAGGCAACAAUUUUGAUGAAAAUCGUUUCUUGUACCCUCCCAUUAGCACAUCAACUAGUACAAGGAGUGUCUCUUCAGCUCGACCAAUUUCACAAAAUAUUUAUUUAAUAGUUUUAUUGAUUUUCUUCAUUUUGUAUAUUCAAUAA